AUGCCUACCCACGGCCCUCCGGCCGUUCCCUCGAGAAAUGCCCUUCGAACGCUUCGGAGGCUGGCCCUCGCUGGAUCAACUGUGGGAAGCUGCUGUACAGUUGCUGCUAUCACGUAUGAUGUCCAUCGGCGGGUUGGUGUCGCGGAACGCAUUGUCGAGAAUAAGAGGGCCCUCCAAUCCUCCGCCCCGAGAUAUGAUGCGACAUCGGCAGCCAGGAGGCUCUCUCGUAUGAUGGACGCUGCGGAAGCAGGUGAAUUUAUGGGCCUCGAGGCAUGGAAGGAGGAGGAGAGAAAGUUCAGAAAAUCGCAAAUUCUCGGGUCGGAUUGUGCUCGCGACGAAAAUCCCCCCGAUUUCUCAGUUGACAGCAAGUCAGCAAACUCGUUUGACGAUAAUACUACAGUUACGAUAUCGCAUGAGGCUGGAGUUUCCCGAGCGGGCAUUGAGCUGAAUCAAAGCUCGUUGAAUUCGGGAAACAAAGCCAGCUUUCCUCCUUCCCGGCCGCCUGAGCCGCCCCUAAAAUCGAGAAAUAUCGGCCAAGAACCAGAACUAAAGACAUAUAUUGGGACAGUGGAGAGUGAUCUUGGAAAUUCCGCUAAGAAGCAAAAGACACUUACCGAAAACAUGGAGGAGCUCUUUGAGCGUGGUGAUUACAUCAACGCCGCUCAAAUCUUCUUGGAUGCGCAUCCGGCCUCACUCAAAGGCAUAUCAUCCGAGCGGAGGGAGCUUGCUACCCAGGCCUUCUUCUUGAAUUGCAGACAGGAUAAUGUGUUUAUCGCGAGAAGCGUCUUUGAGCGUUUGGAAGAGGUGGACCGAAUAUCACCGACGAUGUGGAGAAUCCUGAUUGUUACACUAGCAAAGAAGGGCUGCAUAGAAUCAGCGGCGACUAUAUACAUGCGGUAUAGGGGAAAAUUUUCUGUCCCUGGGGUGUUGUUAGACGUCGUUCUUCGCUGCUUGGUUGAAUCCCGUAGACUCACAAGUGCGAAAUGGGUUCUACUGCGAAAUCUAUCCAAGGACAGAGAUUGUGGUCUAUGCGGUGCAUAUCUCAGCGGCCUGUGGAAAAAGACAAGAAACAUUGAGCUACUGAACGGCCAAUUCACAAAAUUGUUGAUGGUGCUGCGACGUUUGGAUAAAGCUCCCACCGAAAAGCUUGUCAACCCGUUGCUCAAGGCUUAUGUGGAAUUCGGCCGAUUUUCGGAUGCUGAAGCUCUUGUACACCAGAUGACAACGACUUACCGUGUGCCGCUAACUUGUCGGAUGAAAGGUCUUCUGGUAUACGGCAAAGCUUUACAAUGUGAUUGGGCAGCUGUGGAUGAGGGUCUCCAGGAAAUGCAUAAACUCGGUCUGACGAGCAAGAAACGAGACUUCGUCUAUGUAUUUGACCGCAUAUUCCUGGAAUAUUGGCCAUCACAUACAUGUGUUGAGAUCCAGGACUUCCUUUAUCGAUACAUUGAUAAGUUUGACAUCAAUGCUGAUCGGGUUUUCUUCCAGCACAUAAUGGAGGCAAUCGUCGAAAAGGGCGAUGAAGCUAUGGUUUCUGAAUUUACAAGCAUGGCGCGCCAACGUGGGUGGAAAGUCAAGGUUGACGAGAAGGCAUUUAUAGAGCUGUUGCGCAACCGUCGAUCAGCGCUCGAAGAUUCACCAGUUGGUUUCUGGCAGAUGCUGCGUGUUGCCAGAGAAGAAAAUAUGCGCGCCACUGCCUCGCAGCAACUUCUGGGCCAGGACCGUCGAUCGUUUUUACCGGUGACGAACAAUUUGGGCGCACAGUUCCCCGACGCAUGGUAUAAGCGCACUGUGGACGAACUAACAAAAUCUUCGAGACCCGUUGAUCAGUUCCAGAAAUUACACCAUCAGAUGAUUUAUUACAUGCACAUGGGGAAAAUGGCAGAAGCCUUGCAGUGUUUCCAGGGUGCGAAAUAUGCCGGAUUCCACUUCAAGCCGCUAGAAGUUGAACUUGCGGUGAUUGCUACACUGCUUGAGCACGGGCCAAGCGCCGCCCAAACUCUGUUAGAAGGCCAAUGGACAAAGUCGUUGCCCAUCUUCUACCGCCAGAUAAAAGAUUUGGACCCCUCAGCAGAGGACGAAGUCGUCAAGUUGGCUGUUUUCCGCUUCUACAAGAUCUGCUGGCUCACCAGAAGAAUGGUAAUCAAGCAUAAUAUCACCGCCUCGACAAGCCGACGUUUGAUUGCAUCAAAUAAGCCCGAGCUGGCUCUUGAUCUACUCGUGACGGUGUAUACGUCAAAAUAUGGACGCUUGAAAGAGUUCGAUGCUGUUUGCAUUAAGAUGUUCCUCCGUGCAUUUACUGCGACGAACAAUUUUGCGGGGAUGCGGUGGUGUAUUCUGACCGCUAUUUCCCGAGGGAGUGCUCUGAGCCGAGAUCUUGCCGUCGAGGUUGACAGGGUUUUGGGGAUCGUCCGCCGCGAGGAUACGUCGUCCGAGAAGAAGAUCCAAUUGCGUUAUUUGGAUUUCGCAGCCUCUGUCCUUCAUGGGAAGUGCAAUGGCGAUCCCAAAUACUCGGAGCUGGGGGGUAACGCUGAGUUGAAGAAAUCAUUUCGGCGAAGACUGAAGGGGUAUGGAAACAAGUACGACAUGUGGCGUGGCCAGGCGAAGUUGUUCAAGCAGGCGAUCGAGGAGUGGGACGAAGAGUACGAGCUCGAGAAGGUGCUGCGCCGGAUCGACAACGACGAGUCCUCGAUUCUCGCUCAAUGGGACGAGGCCGCUUGCGUUGAACUGGAGAGCGUUAAUGGACUCUGA